UGCGAGAGAGCAAGAGAGUUUUCAGUUUGAAUACACAGUGAUUAAAAUCUAGACGAUGGAUGUUAGUCUCAUCUCGGCGCUUGGCUGUAACUGACGAGUAAUAAUGGGCUGCGUGUAUUUAAUACUGCUUGUUAGUUUGGUGAGAGCUACUGUUGCGGAUCUCUAUCCAGUACUGUCGGGUUUGGAUGAAGAUCUACCGGAGAAUUCUUUUAUGCCGAAUGAGCGAGCUACAAUCGAUGACUGUCACUUACGUCACUACAGGCAUGGAAACACUGGUAUAGUAGGACCGGCGUUUGCUAAGCCGGCCUUUUUAACGGAGUUUGCACACAUUGGAGCCAUCGGUUGGACUCAACCGGACGGCAAGAUUAUAUGGGGUUGUGGUGGCUCAUUGAUAUGGAACAACUUCAUUAUCACCGCCGCUCAUUGCACAGCGAAUGAUGAUAAUGUUUCCCCAGAUGUAGUUCGCUUCGGAGAUCUGAACAUAUACAGCGAUGAAGAUGAUAGGUACGCACAACAGUUAACGAUCGUGAGCAUCAUUCGUCAUCCCAAGUACAGUUUUAGUGCCAGAUAUUAUGACAUAGCGCUGAUGAAGUUAGAGCACAAUGUCACUGUACACGAGACAGUUGCACCCGCUUGUCUAUGGCUAGACGAAGAAGUCCGGUUUAAGGAACUAGAAUCAGCCGGAUGGGGACAGACAGGAUUUGGUGAAUCUCCAACACCCAUUCUUUUAAAAAUUACUUUGAAACCGAUGAGCAAUGAGAAUUGCACCGAACAUUACACAUCCACUACCGUUCGAGGCUUGCAAAGAGGGCUUGAUCAGCAUCAUAUUUGUGCUGGAGAUGCUAAGAUGGACACAUGUUUGGGCGAUUCUGGAGGUCCUCUGCAUAUACGGCUACAGCAUAAUUACAAAGUAACGCCUUUCCUAGUGGGCCUAACCUCAUUUGGGCGACCUUGUGGACAAUCUCACCCAGGAGUGUACACCCGGAUAGCACCGUUUCGCUCAUGGAUUGUUGAAACACUGCAAAACAAUGGACUGACGGGACUGAGGAACAAUGACUUUGAUCCUGCCGACUGUGCUUUACGUCACGUUGCAAUACGACAGUUGGCUAUUUCGAACGUCGUAACUAACCAGUCCGGUGUGUUCGAAUCAUUCGAUAUACAGCGAGAGUAUAUUUCGCGCGAUUAUGUAGGGGAAAAAGUGCAGCUAAAAUGGCCUGAUUCAGUUACGCCCCAGAAAAACAAUUGUAUGGGCUCCAUUAUUGAUCACAACAUAGUGGUUACGUUGGGUGAUUGUACCUCGCAUGCAGGAUUGCAACCAUCGCAUGUAUUGCAUUCUGAAAGAACCGACAUUUGGGUACGAGACACUCCAGUUCUAGACGAAAAGUUGUACAAUGUGAUCGAGAUACACUUGCAUCCAAACUAUAUUAACGGUUCCUACUACAACAAUAUAGCGAUCUUAAAGAUCGAUCGAUCAUUUAACACUCUACCGGCUUGCAUUUGGAAUGCUCCAAAUCUACCAGAUCCGUUGAUCGAAGUAGCAACUGUUGGGAGAGUUGACUUGAUUAUAUAUCAGUACAAAGGAAACACCAUAUAUGAUCCCAGCUAUGCGUCGCUAACUCCCCGAGUUUACGCGUACGACAAUACAAACUGUUUACUUACAGAUCAAUAUCAAAAAAAUCAGGUCCAAGGACUUGCACAUCAGCACCUGUGCUUUGGUAAUGACCCAUUUCUGGUGCCUGAAGUGUGUAACCUUACAAGUGGUGGACCACUUCAACGUUCAGUUUUUCGCCUUCAACGCCAUUACAAGCAUGUGUACGGAAUUAGCCUUUUUGGCAGAGAUUGUGGUUACGGCGAACCUGCAGUAGCUAUUCGACUGCAUGCUCAUAUGAACUGGCUAGAGUCGGUGCUUUUACCCGCCAAAUUGUCAAGCCAAAAUUCUCACUCUCUAGAUGCUGUUCAAUUCAUCAACUCCGAUCUGGAAUUGUUUGAUCGCUGUGAUUUUUACGAUGAGUCGGUUGGACUUUGUGUUCCCACUGAACGUUGUAGACGAGUUCGGCAACGCUUAGAACAAAAUGAAGCCAUGAUAUUCUGUGGGAAUGGGACGAUCAUAUGCUGCCUACCUAAGGACGUCUUGGAAGAUGAACAGCUGCUUAACGAUGAAGAUCAACAGUUAGAAGAUUGUGAAAAUCGUUUCGAGUCAUUCCGUCGGCGAAAUUUUCUUAGUAGUGCGGAGCAGCCUCAACCGACGCCACAUAUAGUAUUUAUCAUUAAUUUUGUACGUUAGAUAAAAAAUAUAAACGAUAUUUUUUUUUUCAGGCGGAGGUAGUUUGGAUGAAUGAAAA